CUCCAGGCUCCCUGACGGGAAAAUGACGGAGGAGCCGCAAUGGAGGAAAGUUCACUCCGUCACGGGAGUGGUUCCGAGGUCCAGACACGGACACCGAGCCGCUGCCAUCCGGGAGCUGGUCGUGGUGUUCGGCGGUGGGAAUGAAGGCAUCGCGGGGGACCUGCACGUCUACAACACCGUGUCAAAGCAGUGGUUCCUGCCUGCGGUGAGGGGUGACAUCCCCCCCGGCUGUGCUGCCCACGGCUUCGUCUGUGAAGGCACCCGCAUACUGGUCUUCGGCGGUAUGGUUGAGUUUGGGAAAUACACCAACAGCCUCUACGAACUCCAGGCGAGUCGCUGGCUUUGGAAGAAGCUGAAGCCCAGAGCCCCCAGGAACGGCUUGCCUCCCUGCCCUCGGAUUGGACACAGCCUCACUCUUCUGGGUAACAAGUGUUACCUGUUUGGCGGGCUGGCCAAUGACAGUGAAGACCCCAACAGCAAUGUGACACGAUACCUGGGUGACUUCUAUGAGCUGGAGCUGCAGUCGAUAUCGGGGGCCAGAGGCUGGAGCAUCCCCGAGACGAAGGGGCCCGGUCCCUCGGCGCGGGAGUCCCACACCUCCGUGGCCUACGCUGGCCUCGGCUCCCCGAAGCUCUACAUCUUUGGAGGGAUGCAAGGACGCCGGUUAGGGGACCUCUGGCAGCUCGACCUCGACACAAUGGUUUGGUCGACGGCUGAAACCAGGGGCCCCACGCCACUUCCCAGAAGCCUUCACUCCGCCAGUGUUAUUGGAAACAAGAUGUAUGUUUUUGGGGGCUGGAUUCCUGUUUCACAGUCAGACAAAUGCAACGCCACAGGAGCUGAAUCCAUCUGCAGUGACUCUUUGAGCGUGCUGAACUUAGACACGAUGCGCUGGCAGAACUUAAGUCCGGAGCAGCGAGACGGUACCGAGUCCCAGCGGCAGAGCCGGGGCCCCCAGAGCGACGACCCGUACGCCCGCCGGCCCAAAGCCAGGGCCGGCCACUGCGCCGCCGCCGUCGGCUCCAGGCUCUACGUCUGGAGCGGCCGCGACGGGUUCCGGAGGAGCUGGAACUACCAGGUCUGCUGCAAGGACCUCUGGUUCCUGGAGACGGCCCGGCCGGCGGCCCCGGAGGCCGUGCUGCUCAUCAAGUCCUCCGUCAGCCUGCUGCAUGUGGCGUGGCGCCCCCUAGCGGCAGCAGACUACUACACCCUUCAGAUCCAACCCGCGCCUCCACCCGCCAACCCACCCGGAGGGGACACCAACGACUCCACAGGUGUCCAUUCUCUCCAUUCUCUCCAUCCUCACGCUGGAGGAGCCACGAGUCACGAGGAGAAGGCGUCGGCCCAGGACGCUUCAGCCGAGCCGGAGCCUCCGGGAGCCGGCGGCCCGGCGGAGAGCGGCGCUCCAGGGGGGCGGAGUCCCGGGCGGGAGCCGGACGAGGUUCGGCGCCACGGUGCUCGUCAGGAGACGCCAGGUGCUCCACGGGAGACGCCAGGUGCUCGUCAGGAGACGCCAGGUGCUCGUCAGGAGACGCCAGGUGCUCCACAGGAGACGCCAGGUGCUCGUCAGGAGACGCCAGGUGCUCCACAGGAGACAUCCGCCCCAGAGGUCAGCAGCUCAACUCAACACCAGCCAGAGUGCCGCCCGGGUUCUGCUGCCCAGACAACGGACUUCUACGCACGUCAGGACCCGGGCGAGGCCGUGUGGUUCGACGUUGGCGCGUUCAAGACGCUCUUCUCCGAGGUCAGCCACUUCCUCCUCCCGGCCGACGGCGACCAGGCGACCGCGGCCGCCGACACUCGAGAGAGAACGCCGCCGGGCCCUCCGGACCACGCCGGCAGGCCGAAGCGGCCGCUGGCCCCGGGCCGCGCCUACAGGUUCCGAGUGGCCGGCGUCAACGGCUUCGGCCGCGGAGACUUCAGCUGCGUCAGCGAGUUCAAGACCUGCCAGCCAGGCUUCCCUGGAGCGCCCUGCGCAGUCAAGAUCGCCAAGGUGAACGACUCUGUCCACAUCACAUGGGAGGCUCCGCCCUCUCCGUCAGGCCGGAUCUUGGAGUAUUCCAUGUACAUGGCGGUGAGGAAGAGCCGGUCCGCCGGUGCCGGGCCGAUGGCGUUCAUCCGGAUCUACCGAGGCAACAAGACGGCGUGCUCCGCCAGCAGCGGCCAGCUGGAGAACGCCCAGAUCGAUAGCUCCGCCUCCAACCGGCCGGCCGUCGUCUUCCGCAUCGCCGCCAAGAACGAGCAGGGAUACGGCCCGGCCACCCAGAUCCGCUGGAUCCAAGAGUUCGGUAAGUUGAGGACGUCGUCGUCUAAAGCCGACGGCCACGCUGAGGCCGAGCAGGAUGCUGCUGACAGCUCCAGUUGAAGACGUUUGAUGACACGGUGUUUUGGACCUCAGGAAGAUGCCCCAGUUGCCCACUAAGUUGUAUAUUUCCCAAGAUAGUUUUGUUAAUUAAUUUUUUUUACGUAUUAUUACCGUGUAAAUAGAUUUUCGCAAUAAGUUUCGCCGCGUGGCUAUUUUAACAUUUUUAAAUAUGUCACAAAGGGAAUUCCUGGGUCGGACGCUUUAGAAAAAAAUCAGAAACUUAAUAUUUUUUUAACGUGGACCAUUUUAAAAUUCAAUUGUUGUUGAUGUUUAUGACAUGCCAGUCACGUCUCCAGUGUUGUCGUCGUUUCACGAUGACAUCAUUCACCUUCAGGUUUUAGAUCUUUGUGAAUGUGUUUUUGCCAAUGUUCAUAAAUACCUUACUACAAACUUUUUCACUAUCAAUUUAA